AUGGCCAAAAAGUCCCAACCCGUUGCCACCAAGGCAACUUAUAAAGAUAUGAUUGUCUCCGCAAUCGCCUCCUUGAAGGAAAGAGCAGGCUCUUCCCGCCAGGCGAUCAAGAAAUUCGUGCUUGACAACUUCCCUAUUAAGGCGCCAAACUUUGACUCCUUGUUCAACGUGGCGUUGAGAAAGGGCGUUGAAAGCGGCGAUUUUACUCAGCCCAAGGGCCCCUCAGGCCCCGUGAAGCUUGUCAAGAAGGACUCAUCCUCAAAGACCACCACCUCCAAGGUUUCCAAGCCCACGAAGGCCAAGGCACCUACCAAGGCUGCCAAGGUCGUCAAGGCCCCCAAGACCACCAAGACGUCCAAGACCACCAAGGUCGCAAAGACCCCUAAGGCCACCAAGACCAAGGCCGCCCCAAAGACUACCAAAACAACCAAACCUGCCAAAACCACCAAGCCCACCAAGUCCACCAAGACUGACAAAGCCGAGCCAAAGACCAAGGCGACCAAAAAGACAGCCAAACCUGCUGCCGGAAAGGUCACUAAGCCCAAGAAGGCCGCUAAGACCCCCACCAAGGCCGCCAAGGCUCCCACCAAAGCUGCUAAGGCCUCCAAGGCAGCACCAAAGACCGCUUCCAAGGCGAAACCAGCCACCAAGGCCAAGGCCACCGCGAAGACUCCCGUCAAGGCCGCUUCCAAGGCCAAACCCGCUGCCAAACCAGCCGCAAAGGCUAAGGCUGCACCAAAGACCGCUAAGAGCACCAAAACGGCCAGAUCGGCGCCCAAGCUGGCGUCCAGGGCACCCCGGUCUCGCGUCGUGGCAGCCGCCGCCUAG